GGGCAUCGACACACGUGUUCGCACACGGGCCAGAGAUGGACCCACGGCCCAUCUCCUUCCUCCACCUCUCGCUCAGGUCUCCGCUCGCUUCAUCCACAGGUGUCGACGCCAUGGCAUUCGCUUCCGCCUCCCCGCUAUCCGCCAACCCCUUCAAGCCGCUCUACCCCUCUCCGCCGCGGCCUUCUCCCAGAUUUGCCGCCGCCCAAAUCGUCUGCCAGACUUCUGAGCCCAAGAAAUGGCGAGCGGUCGUCUCGACGGCGCUGGCCGUCGCUGUGGUCGGCUUCAGCGGCGUCGCGUCGGCCGACCUCAACAAGUUCGAAGCGGAGAUCCGGGGGGAGUUCGGGAUUGGCUCCGCCGCUCAAUUUGGUUCCGCAGAUCUCAAGAAGGCUGUCCAUGUCAAUGAAAAUUACCGACGCGCCAACUUCACAGCUGCCGACAUGAGAGAAUCUAAUUUCAGUGGCUCUACAUUCAACGGUGCUUAUCUUGAAAAGGCAGUUGCCUAUAGAGCAAAUUUUACAGGUGCUGAUUUGAGUGAUACUUUGAUGGACCGCAUGGUUCUUAAUGAAGCCAAUCUCACAAAUGCUGUACUUGUAAGAGCAGUUCUCACACGCAGCGAUCUUGGUGGUGCAAUUAUCAAAGGUGCUGACUUUAGUGAUGCUGUGCUGGACCUGCCCCAAAAACAGGCAUUGUGCAAGUAUGCAAGUGGAACCAACCCGAUGACAGGGGUGAGCACAAGGAAGAGUCUGGGUUGCGGGAACACUCGCAGGAACGCCUACGGGAGCCCUUCUUCGCCCCUCUUGAGUGCGCCACCUCCAAAACUACUGGAUCGCGACGGCUUCUGCGAUGAAUCCACUGGACUUUGUGAUGCAAAUUGAAGGUGACUUGGCAUGAGAAACGAGUUUCUCUAUCAGAAACUUUAAUCUUCCUCUGUUUUUGGUCCCUCUUUUCUCUUUUUUAGCUACAAUAUUUGUCGUAGGAUAUGACAAUUUUAGUGAAUAAUACAGUGAGAAGAAAUUGAUGAGA